AUGCCAUCAAGCAAGGUGCCCGGUAAUGUGGAUGGAUGUGCCGAGGAGAAUACUCUGCGAACCAAGCCGGUUUAUCACAACCAGAUUGGUGAGAGCCGGACAUUUUUCUUUGGCAUCUCGUCAUCAUACAUCCAAGACUGGGAUAGGGCAGCUGCGUUCAGAGAAAUAUAUCAGAAUUGGAGAGAUGCCAUCUUGGCACGCUUCAGCCUAAGCCGCCUCGACUUUCAGCCCGUCUAUGAAGACUGGGGCGAUUGUAUAGCGAUUGUUGUCCCUGAUCCCUCCGAUCGAGAUCGGCAGGAUCGUGCUUUGGGAUUUAUCAAGUACGACAAGCACAGCGGUUGCGUGACAAUCUCCAACUGCUGUGCGGACAUAGGGCUGAAUGUGCUUGAGCUCGGAUACUCGUCGAAGCGACGCGAUUCCAACGCAGCUGGCUGUCACGGAGAGGGUCUCAAAUUGGCAGCGCUGGUGAUGUUGCGCAGUGGUUUGAAUGUGGACCUCUUUGCCAGCCGAAACCACUGGCAUUUCGGCCUGUUGAAAUCUCACUUUUACUGUGAAAUUAAGCCGUCUGGCCAAAAUGGGUCCGUUGGCCGUGAUCCGGCCGAGGACAUGUUUCGGCUCAGCGCUAGUGCAGAUCGAGAUGUUACCUUGGAGAUUCGAGCCCCUCUGGAAUCAAAGACAAGCACACUGUCGCGGGAUGAUUUUCACAGUUGGCUGGCCAUGACCUUUGAUAUCCGAGGAUUAUCGCAUCCUUCGGAUAUCCUGGAAACCGAGGCCGGGGAUCUCAUCCUUGAUCCCAAAUUCCACGGCCGCAUCUACCUCAACGGAAUGCGGCUCCCGUGCUCAGGGUCGGAACUCAAGCAGUAUCGAUUUGCGUAUAAUUUCCUGCAUGGGAAGGUGAACCGCGACCGACAGAUUUUGGUCGAUCGAGAUGAGGAAGCCAACAUGGUGCGACGAAUCUGGGAAGCCGCAAUCCGGAAACAUCGUGUUGCCUUCCUUCCCAUCUACGUUAAUCUGCUGCGCAAUUUUCCUAAAGCACUGGAUGUUGAAUCGGCGGCUCAUUUUCUGGAGCCGCCAACCAAGCAUCUCAUCUGGAAGUAUCUGCUGGGGGAGGCUGGCGACGACAAAUUUUAUUACAACGAGACCUCCAGUGCCGAGAGCAUCGCAACUAUUCAAGAAAUUCUGGAGAAACAACCCAUCAAGCUUCCAGAGUCUUUGUGGACCCUGUUGCGUUCCGACUCGCCAAUCCGGACGCCAGAGGAGGAACAAAUCGAAUAUUUCAAAAAUGCCGAGGUGUGUUCCAUCCCAGAGACCAGCUAUGCACGAACCGUUCACAGAGCGUUCAUGGCUUGCGUCACAGUCCUCCUUCAAGGCAGAACCAUCGAGGUACAGUAUGUGCGUGCUAAACGCAGUGCAAUCCAGGCGCUUUAUAACUCCCAUCGCCGGGUUUUGAAGGUUGCGCAUCAGUGGCUGGACUUUGCCGGGUCGCACGGACCGGUUUUGUGUCGCGAAACUCUGUCCUCAAAAAGCUCAAAACGCUACUAUGCAAUGAUCUCUUUGAAUCGAUCACAAGCAAUCUAUGGCUUUCCGCCCCGGCCAAAGCAACCGGUGUUGCCAAAUCUUCGCGUCGUUGAUGAUAACAGCGGCCAUGGAGUUGGACAGCCCCACGAAGAGAACUCUCAUUCCUGGGCGGUUUCUCUCCAGCCUCCAGAUCCAGCGAUCAUCGCUUUGAACACUGCACACCGGCGGGGUGGACUCAACCAUCAUGACCAAGAACCAUCCUUGCCGGUUAAACGCCAUUUAUCAGAUGAGCCCGAAUCCAAAAAGGCUGAUUGCAAAAAGUUGAAGAUUUCCCAGCUUGUGGAGGGCCCGACGCUGGAUUAG